ACGUCCACAGCAGUGACUGCCGUGUAGUGACAAAAUGCCUCUGCGCUGGCUUUCGCCUGCUGAAGGAUUGGGGUUAGAGCUUCCUGGAGCGAAGCCCCAGGUGGUCCCCUGGCAAUCAGUGGUCAAGAUAGGACCUGAUGCCUUAGGCAGAUCUUGUAUCUGGAAAUGGCCUUGAGAGCGAGCCCUCCUGGCACCCUGCAUGAUCUUUCUCUGUAUUUCUUAUCUUUCCUGUUUUCAGCUGACUGCUCACCAAGAAAUCAAAGUAUGUCCUUGGCUCGGCCCCACCGUUCUUUAAGCAGUCCUUGAGGAACUGAAGCAUGCCCCACGCCACAUGAGCCUUGGAAACUUUAUUAAUAAUAAAACAGAAGAAUAAAAGACUAUAUAGACAAAAGCUAGACCCAGGACUCUGAGAACUAGUCCCCCACGGUAGAAUAUGGUUAGUGGUGUGAGACAGAAUUCUAAGAGACAAAACUAAAAGUCCUUGCCAACACCUUGAGCACGUAGAAGGAGUUCUAUUUUGAUUAUGCUUAGCCUUGAUUUAUGUCUGGAACCCUGAAUGGGGUGAUGCAGUGAGCCUGCCAAGUUCUUUGAUCUGUUUUGUACAUAAACUGAAGCUUUGCAGAAGUAAAAUUGCAGCAGAUUUUCACUACCAGUGUGUCUGUCUGUCAUUCCCUUGCGUCGUAUCCUGGCUAUCCUAUCCUUCACCCUGUUCUCCCGUGGAUAGUGGUCUCCAAGAGGGACGGUCCGCGGCAGGUGGCGCUCGGAACAGGGACGUGAAGGAUAGAAUGCCGACUCCCCCAUCUGGAUCCCAGAUCGCCUCAUCCGACCUGCUGUUGCAAAGCAGAAGAAGGAAAAGACGGUGGCGGAAGCAGAAAAAGCAGCUCCAGCAGCAAAUGAAGAAAAUGAAACUAAGCCGGCCCACGGCAGAAAUAACAUGGACGAAGAUUCGUCAUCUGACACGAGAAGCGAAACAGCUGCUCACUGAACAAGGAAAAUCCCUGACAGCGUCUAUGUAUUUCCUCGCCUUUUUGGCCAUUAUCUCUGCUCCCCAAAGGGUGGAGGGAGUUUCCUACUGGGCGUAUGUCCCGAAUCCCCCUAUCUUGCAACCCGUGGGGUGGUUAGAUCCUGAGCCUUUGAAAGUGUUAACCAAUGAUUCAGUGAGAAUGGGUGGUGCUCAGGAUUCUGACGCACGAACUGGUUUGUCCUCUCUUAUAACCUUUGAGGGAAGGGCAGACUCGCUUCCGAUCUGCAUUUCGCUUCAAGGGAGAGUGCCUUCGGGUUGCCUGAGUACACGCUACAGUACUUUUCUCACUGACGGGCCAGACAAAGAGAAUGCAGGCAGUGAAACAGGAGGUGUUCGAGCUUCAUUUUAAAAAUAAAAAAGGGAGACCUGCCACGUCCACAGCAGUGACUGCCGUGUAGUGACAAAAUGCCUCUGCGCUGGCUUUCGCCUGCUGAAGGAUUGGGGUUAGAGCUUCCUGGAGCGAAGCCCCAGGUGGUCCCCUGGCAAUCAGUGGUCAAGAUAGGACCUGAUGCCUUAGGCAGAUCUCGUAUCUGGAAAUGGCCUUGAGAGCGAGCCCUCCUGGCACCCUGCAUGAUCUUUCUCUGUAUUUCUUAUCUUUCCUGUUUUCAGCUGACCGCUCACCAAGAAAUCAAAGUAUGUCCUUGGCUCGGCCCCACCGUUCUUUAAGCAGUCCUUGAGGAACUGAAGCAUGCCCCACGCCACAUGAGCCUUAGAAACUUUAUUAAUAAUAAAACAGAAGAAUAAAAGACUAUAUAGACAAAAGCUAGACCCAGGACUCUGAGAACUAGUCCCCCACGGUAGAAUAUGGUUAGUGGUGUGAGACAGAAUUCUAAGAGACAAAACUAAAAGUCCUUGCCAACACCUUGAGCACGUAGAAGGAGUUCUAUUUUGAUUAUGCUUAGCCUUGAUUUAUGUCUGGAACCCUGAAUGGGGUGAUGCAGUGAGCCUGCCAAGUUCUUUGAUCUGUUUUGUACAUAAACUGAAGCUUUGCAGAAGUAAAAUUGCAGCAGAUUUUCACUA